GUCUUCAAAUGCUGAAUGCCUUUGAAUAAAACUUAUAAAGACAAAGUCCGGAUUUUCUCUUGUUAUGAGUCAACUUCUCUCCACUUUGAUAAGAAAAUUCCACUACAAGGUGUAGACCUUACGAGCUGCAGCAGAGUCCCUCUGGGUCAUACUGUGAUUAGGAUUAGAGCAGAUAAUGGGGCUGAACAUAUGGGAGGGUUAAUUCGAGUAAAUGCACCAAGCAGCAACAUUACACACUUAAGAGUCUCUUUAUCAUUGUCAAAUGCUUCCACAUUUAAACCAGACACAUUUUCCUGAAUGUUUUUGUACAGAUUCUGCUAAAAUUUAAUUUGAAGUUUUCUGAAUUUAAAAGCUUUAUUUUGCAAGGGCAACACAAUCCAUUGUUCUGGAGUAGUUUUGUUCCACUGGUAACAUUAAACCCAAGUUUGCAAUAAUCUAACCCAGACAUGUUCAAACGUUUUGCCACAACGGCCAAAACUGUCAAGUUGAAAGCAGUCGGGCACCACAAAUGUCUUAUUAAAAUAUUUCGUUUUUACUUUCUCAACAAUAUAAUAUAAUAAUUAUACAAUAUUUCAACCAAACCAAAUAGUCUGAUUUCUGUAGGAAUUGGAUCUAUAAAUCAUUGCAGACCUGAAACAUGUUUUUAUGUUUUUUUCUCAGUAAUGAUCACAUGACAUGGGUCACAUUUCUUCAUAAAGUCCCCAUAAAGCUUUAUUUAGCCAGGUUUAAUUGAUCAGUGCGCCAAAGUCUGCUUCUGAGUUAAACCACUGAAUCUGUGGUCUUAUUUACUAUCAAAUUAAAAGCAAAAAAGCAUGUUUAAUAAAAGUGAGUUUGUUCUUUACAUUCUAGGAAAACUUCAGUUUGUCGGCAUCUUUUUAAAAGAGGUCAGUGAAAAUGUCCCUCUAAUGUUUUUAAUUAUCUACAUCAACCUCCCGGGUUGGUGAACCAAUUUGUGCCAUUCUGAAAUUUUGGCCUGGGGUCAGUAUAAACGCAUUCCAAGGGCCCCAAAUGGCCCCAGAGCCACACCUUGGACACCCCUGAUCUAACCAAUGAAAUAUUGAGGCUUUUAUUUUUAAGAGUAUCUCUAAACUUUAUUGAGAAAUGGUAAAGAUUGGGACCUUCGCUGCUACGGCAGACAUCAUCAUCAUCGCCAUUAUUAUUAAUAUUAUAGUUACUAUUAUUAAGUUUAGAGCCCCAUGUAACUUUGGACCGCCUCUGCAGCUUUCCUUUCCUUGUCUGUUGCAUCACCCUCCGUGGGCUCAGAAAUGGUCCCAGCAUGCAGCAGCUAUAUAACAGGAUACGAGCAGCUCUUACUGGCUGCUCUUCUAUUGGCUCAUCAACAUCGGAAGGCCGAGUGUCAGCAUGCUGCUCCAGGAAACCAGUCAGAGCAGGACUGGGGAUGCUGUAUGAGGACUGGACCACGCCGCGGAGGGCAUUGUGUCAUUCAGACUGUUAGACGUGUCGUCCGAAGCUCCAUCUGAUGAGGAAGUUCAUGUUUUCUGAUUUUUUUUUGUCGCCCCCGGCACCGCUUUUAGUCUCGGUUGAUCUGUCGGCUCCUCAAAGGGAAAAGUAAGCGUCAUGGUGGCGGGAGAGCUCGUGCAGGAGCAUCUGCGCGCGGACACUGGCGCACCUGACGACAUCACGGUCGGCAGGAAGAGUCCCGACCCGGAGGGCGCGCUGCAAACAGCCGACUUCUACCCGACAUGCGGCGCGCAGCCGGCGGCGGGCAGGGCGGACCUGCACCGGGCUCCGGAAGAGCUGGAGGUACCGCCGGAUGAAAGAGCCGCGAUGCUGCCAAGCGCAAGUGGAGGAGGGGAGGCUGAGGAGGGGGGGACGAAAGGUACCAAACUGUACCGGCGCAGGUUCGCGGUUCUGACCGUCUUCAGCCUGUACUCUCUGAUGAACGCCUUUCAGUGGAUCCACUACAGCAUCAUCACUAACGUGUUCGUUAACUACUACGGAGUGACCUACGACAAGGUGGACUGGCUCUCCAUCGUCUACAUGGCCGCCUACAUCCCGCUGAUCUUCCCGGCCACCUGGGUUUUGGACCGCAGGGGUCUGCGGCUGACGGCCCUGCUGGGCUCCGGCCUCAACUGCGCCGGCGCAUGGCUCAAGUGCGCCAGCGUCAGCCCCGACCGCUUCGGGGUCACCGUCGCCGCGCAGGUCAUCUGCUCCGUGGCGCAGGUCUUUAUCCUCGGCCUGCCGUCCCGCAUCGCCUCGGUGUGGUUCGGACCGCGAGAGGUGUCCACCGCGUGCGCCACGGCGGUGCUGGGAAACCAGCUGGGGACCGCCAUUGGGUUCCUCCUUCCUCCAGUUCUGGUUCCUAACACGCCAGAAGACCCAGAACUAACAGGUCACAACAUCAGCAUCAUGUUUUAUGGCACAGCUGUUGUCUCCACGGGCCUCUUCAUCCUCACUGUUAUAGUGAUUAAAGACAGACCUCCUCUGCCUCCCAGCCAGGCCCAGGCUGUGUUACCAGGCUCCCUGCAGGAAGAUUACUCCUACAGACAGUCCAUUAUCAACCUAAUAAAGAACAAAGCCUUUGUUCUGCUGCUCAUCAGCUAUGGUAUACUGACCGGAUCCUUCUACUCCAUCUCAACGCUGCUCAACCAGAUCAUCAUCAAGCAUUUUGUGGACCAGGAGCUGAACGCUGGGAGAAUUGGACUGACUCUCGUUGUGGCUGGGAUGGUUGGAUCCAUCCUCUGUGGUCUGUGGCUGGACCACACAAAGACCUACAGGAUAACAACUCUAAUCGUGUACCUCCUGUCGUUUCUGGGAAUGCUGGUCUUCACCUUCACCCUGGACCAGAAAAACAUCUACCUGGUCUUCUUCACUGCCGGAGUCCUUGGGUUCUUCAUGACAGGUUACCUGCCUCUGGGCUUUGAGUUUGGAGUGGAGAUCACGUACCCAGAGUCUGAGGGAACAUCUUCAGGACUCCUCAAUGCUUUUGCUCAGAUCUUCGGCAUCAUCUUCACUCUGAUUCAGGGCGGACUGACCAGAGACUUUAAUCCGUUUGCUGGGAACAUUUUUCUCUCCGCCUGGAUCUUCCUGGGAGUAGUUCUCACUGCUUUAAUAAAGUCCGAACUGAAACGACACAAUGUGAACAUGGCAACAGGAAGCAAAAACCUGCAGGCACUUCCCACCGAGUGUCCUGGCGACGCCCCUGCAGAAGAUAAAACCAACGGAGUCCAGCUGGAACCUUCCGUCAGUUUCUCUCGGGAAACGUCUCUGUGACCUCGGACCGGCGGAGAGUUCCCAUAGUUCCUGUCACCGUGGGAGACUGUUCUCCUUCAUUCUUGUGAUGUGACAGAGGACAUUCCAGUACGAUAGUUUCUCAUCACCUCGGUGUUUCCAUCUAAGGGGUGGAUGCCAUGCGAGGAACUCUGAGGCCUCUGCUAAAGUGCGACCUGCUCCACAACUUCACCACCAGGACUCUGAGUCCAACCAAGCACUUUGUUUACAGCGGACUCAUUAGAGGACCAUCUUCUCUGAAUGAUCCUCCAUGCAGGACAGAUUGGUUCCAGUCUUCAGAACAUAGAAAGAUUGUAGUGGGUAGGUAAAUAAGGAAAACCGACUGCACUUUAUCUCAUUUGAACAUAAAUGCAUUAAACUGGAUGCUUCCAGGACCUGGAAGGUUCUGGGAGUGUAGCCUGGAUUAAGAAACAAAAUGUAUCUGGAUGAGCAGGUUGGCUUCCAUCCUGGAACAGUGGACCGGAUCUUUAAUGCUGAGAAGCGUACCACCUCGUUCUCCCGAGGACUUUGUAGGUGGAGCUUCGGGAAUGUGGGAUUGUUUUCGAUCUCAAAGCGUGAGCUGAGUCCACGAUCUUAGAACAAAGUCCAGCUUGUCCCUGCUUUGUUGGGAUGAGCUGGACUGGGUUUGUUGGAGAUCAUGGACAGGAUCUCAAGAUGCUCAGUCUCAUCUUUGCUAUUUGCAGAUGAUGUGGUUCUGUUGGCAUCUUCAAGCCACAGUUAGGUGACCAGGAUGAGAUUCAGCUCCUCCCAGUCUGAGGCCAUGGGUCUCAGACUGGGUCGAGGCUCAGCAUCUUUCUCAAGCCGAGGAGCUCCAGUGUCUUGGUGUCUUGUUUAUAGUUGAUAUUGGAUGGAGCAGGAGAUGCUUGCACUGAUUGGGUCUCAUCUGCAGUUCUACGAUGCUGCGCUGGUCUGUUGUAAAGAAAAAGCUCAGCCAAAGAGCAAAGGUCUUGAUUUCUGGACCAUCUGUGUUCUGACCCACAUCUGUGGUUCUGAGAUAUGGACCAAGAAUAAAAAAAACAGAUCCUGGAUGGAAGCAGCUGAAAGCAGCUUCCACUGUAGAGUGGGUCUCAACCAGAGGAGUCAGUUCGUGUGGGUUGGUAAGAUGGAGCAAGAGAUGGAUGGGCAGAUUGGAUCUCCAUCUCCUUCAGCUGUUGGUGGUCCUCUCUCCUCGUCAGGAUGUCUCACUCCACCACAGAUAUUCUCAGACUUUAAGUUUCUGUCGUAAAAAUCAUGUGAAAGUUUAGCCUCAGAAGCAGAGUUCACUUCUUUACUGGCGUUACCCGGCUCUGUUGGAUCACAGAACCUGAUCUUUAGAGGUCAGGCUGCUGAACUAAUGCAAUGCAUAGAGAUCCGUAUCUUCUCCACAAGAACGAACAGUUUGAACAAAUGAUGUCACUCUGUUCCUGCAGCUCGUUCUCGACACCUCGUCCCAGCAGAACCUUUUUAUCUUCUGUACAACAACUACUGUGGUUGGCCAGAAAUUAGACGUGGGCGUGGUUACUACAGUGGGCGGUCCCUAUGAGUGCCUUUCAGGAGUUCUGAUCGUCCUUCAGAUGCUUCUGCAGUGCGCCUGUGGACCAGAUCCUUGGAGAAGAUCUGGUCUAUAGAAGGGCUCACAGCUGAAACCAGGAAAUGAAGUUAAAGGAAGAGUCUGUAGAUCUAGACUGGACAGAUCUGAUGAGGGACACAAAGAAAUGUCAGAAGCGUUGAAGGUCCUGUGUGGUCUCUGCUAUCUGGAAAAGGUUUGAAGCUACCAGGACCCUCCCUAGAUCGGACAGCCCUGAGCAAACUAAGUGAUCAGGGAAGAAGAACCUUGUUCAGAGAGGCCACCAAGAACCCAGUGGUCAGUAAGGCAGAGCUCCUCCGUUUGCUUGUGUAGAUAUGGAGGACCAUCCAGAAGGUCAGAUAGACAUGGCAGCUUGGUUAAAUUGAGCCAAAACUCACCUUAGAGGUGGUUGGACCAGGAGAAACAAAAUUCGGUGGUCUGAUGAAACCAAAACAGAACCUUUUAUCCUGAUCUCCAAGGAUCAUGACUGAAGAAAAAAGCACCAAUCAUCACCUGGCUAACAUCAUCUCUACUGUGAAGCAUGGUGAUGGCAGCAUCAUUACACGGGGACAUUUUACUGAGGCCAAAACUAGUGAAUAAGAUGACAGCAGCCAGAUAUAGAGAGAUUCUUCUAGAAAACCCGCUCCAGAGUGAGCUGGACCUCAGCCAUGGGUUAUUGUUGUGUUGUUUUGGGGUUAAACUGCUCACAUCUAUUCUAGAAUAAAUCCAUAAUGUGACCAGAGUAGAGAAAGUGAAAGCUGUGAAUAUCUUCUCAUGGUUCUGGAUGUGUGGACCAGAAUCUAGAGCAAUAAGAUACAAGAUUCUGGAGACAGGCAGGUGGAGGAACCUCCUGAGAUGGCAUGGACCGCUCAUGUGAGGAGCUCCUUCAUCACAGGGAAGCUCAGAGUCGAGCCCCUGCUCCUCAUCGUCCAGGAGAGUCAUUCAAGGUUUUCUGGAUGUGUUCAUGUGGAGCAGAACCAGAACCCGCUGAAGGGACGAUGUGUCCCAGAACUAACUGCUUUCUGCCUCUUCUGCAACCUGACCUUGGCCAGGUGUUGGAUGAUGGAAGGAAGAACUACUUUCUUCUCCAGAUUUGGAUCUGAAUGAGAUCUUGCAGAUUCUGAAAAAUGCUUCUAUUUUUAUUCUCUGCUGCGCGGUGUCGACGGGUCCAGGGUCUCCAGACUCUGGAGACCCUGGACCCGUCCCGAACCCCCCCGUGACCCUGCAGGGAUAAGCAGGUUUAGACGAUGGACGGAGGAUUUAUUCUAAAGCACACAGAUAAUCAUCGCUUUAGGCUGGUUUUAAUUCUUUAGUUGAUAUUUUUGCACACUAGAACAAGAAUCGGACCUUUAACCAGAACCAUGAUGGCUGAACUGAGCCUCUCAGAAAGCUCAUGGUUGUUGUUGGGCACGUUUGGACUGAACCUUGAAGCACAAAGCAGCGUCUGAACUGCAACUGUUCUCUGGUGUUUUCCAACACAAACCAAUCUGGACCAAAUGGAGCCAGAGAACACCUUCGGAUCAGAACUCGGUGCACAGCAACAAACACAAGCACAACUUCCUGUUUCACAAUAAACUGCCUGUUGACAUGUUCUGUGGCUGCGAGGAGCACAUGAUGUUUGCUUUUACCAAAGCAAGAGAAGCACAGAUCAGAUUUGAGACGUAUUUGUUCUGUAAGAACCGGGCCUGUCACAGGAACCUCUGUGUUUUUCCAUCAAUGCUGCUGGUCUCUGUAUCAUGAAACUUUAAUAAAGAAAAGUCUGUUUGACUCGUU